AUUGUGGAGAGGGGGCCGGUGCCAGGUGUGGUCAGUUGGCACGUUUGGAACCUGCAGCAGAUGUGCUGAGAGAGGGAGAGAGUGUGGCUCUUUGCAACAGUGACUCGAGAAUAUCCAGUGGAGAUUGUAUCAGAUCUGGAAUCAAAGAACCCAUUGCUUACUUGGGUUAAGAAAAAGGUGUAAAAAUGGGAGAAUUCUGCACAACUGCAAUGGGACCUGGAAGUAACAGAUACCAUGUGAUAAAUACCUGAGGGCUGAAUUGUCUUCAUUUCUGAUUAGUUGACUGGUGGAGUUACAAAAUCUCUGUUAACUGGGAGCAAAGAUUUUGGACCAAACAACUACAUGAGAGAGGAAGAGGAGCAAGAAGGUGAAGACCAUGGAUCGGGAGGAGGAGAACAAGGAGAGAUCAGAAAAUUUUCAGCCCACAAUACCUCUGGCCAGAGAAGAGACUGUGAGUGACCAAAGUGCAGAUAACAAUCCACUGGAGGAGGAGAGAUGGUUCUUCAAAGGAAUAAGUGGCAAAGAGGCAGAGAGAACAAUUCUGGAACCAGAAAAUAAAGAGGGAUCUUUCCUGAUCAGAGAGAGCCGAUCAAAUAAAGGUUGCUAUGCUUUGUUGGUCAAGCACUGGGAUCCUAAACUAGAUGUCAGAGUGAUUCAUUACAAAAUAUUCAGCAGCCCCAGUGGCUAUUAUAUCAAUCCACGGAUCAAGUUUAUCAGUCUACAAGAGUUAGUCAAGUACUACCACGCGGACGCGGAUGGUCUGUGUCAAAGACUGGCAAGCCCCUCGCUCAAAAAGACCCAAAAUAUUUCAGAAACUGAUGGCUUUGAGAUUCCAAGAAAGUUCAUUACACUGGGAAGCAAACUUGAAGUGGGACAUCUUGCAGAAGGGAAGAUGAAGUCGAACAACACCUUCAUCAGAGUGUCUGUGAAGGUGCAGAAUGUGGAGCUGACCCCAGACGACUCCUUCCUCAGGGAGGUCAGUAUUCGGAAAGCUCUUCAGCACGUCUGCCUGGUGCAGCUUCUCGGAGUGAUGACACGAUCCCAGCCCAUGCUCAUCAUCACAGAGUUCAUGAGUCAAGGGAAUCUAAAAAGUUACUUGCGGAGUGACCUUGGCAGGCAGUUAGAGUUGGUGCUGCUGAUUGACUUUGCAAUACAGGUUGUGGAUGGAAUGAUUUAUUUGGAAGAGAACUGUUAUGUGCAUCGGGAUCUGAGGUCAGCAAACAUUCUUCUAUCUGACACGCUGGAGUGCAAGAUUGGAGAUUUCAGCCUAACUCGGAAACUCAAAGAUCACAGAUACAUUCUCCUCAAAGGUGAAAAAGUUGCAGUUAAAUGGACUGCGCCUGAAGUCUUCAAAGAGGAAUCACACACCACAAAAUCUGAUGUCUGGUCAUUUGGGAUUUUCCUGAUGGAACUGGUGACUUUUGGGCAGACACCAUACCCAGGUCUAACCUUUGCACAAACUCUUGACUUCUUGGAGAAUGGGCUUCGCAUGCAACGCCCCGUGAGGUGCACAGAGGAGUUGUUUUGUGUUAUGUCAAUGUGCUGGGAGGAGAAUCCUUGGAGUCGGCCAUCGUUUAAACAGCUGAGGGACCUGCUGGAAAAUCUCUGAGCCCUUUGUUGCUGCUUUAAUUCUCCAGUUCUUGCUUCAUACCCCAGAGAGUGACAGAAACCACAACUGGACCAGAGCUGCCUUUGUGUGUCUGAAUCAUUUGACGGAGAUAAAUUUCAUUGUUUGCAGGACUGACCGUGUCUGACGAAUAAAACCGCAAUGAAAUAUCUGAAA